UAUUCAUUGUCACUGACAUAACAAUGAUACCACACACAUCUAAUGUUAAUCAUGAAGUGCCAAUAAUAUGGCAUGUCUUGGACAAUGAAUUUGAUUAUAUAACUGGGAAGAAGUGUUUUGUCUAGAGCAGAAAGAAUGGAUAGACAAAACAAAGAAAGCCGUUAUCCAAUGGAUGCCAACCCAAUAGGACACUGUCUCAUUAUCAAUAAUGUUGAGUUCACUGAUGGUGGCCUAGCUGAGAGGGUUGGGAGUGACCAAGAUGCAACCAAAUUAGAGGAACUGUUUGGCAAUUUUCUUAAUUUUACAGUAGAAUUGAAGAGAAACGUUACAAAAGAACAGUUAGAAUCAAAGCUAAGACACUAUCAACAUGAGGAUCACUCGAAAUUUUGUACUAUCUUUGAAAAAUGAAAAAAAUGAAGAAAUGAAGAAAUGAUAAAAAUGAAGAAUUCUCUCCUUUUCAUUUUUGGCAAAAUUAGGCCAAAAUCUGAGUCAUGGAGAUGAAGGAAACAUUAUUAUGUGUCUGAUGGCCAAGCAAUCAUACUUGACGACAUUUUAAAGUAUUUCUCUGCCAGCAACUGUCCCUCACUUGGUGGGAAACCGAAAGUUUUCAUUGUUUGAGGAUGUAAUGGGGAUGCUUCCUUGCCACAUGUGGCAGAUCUCAGGGCAAUCAUACUUGUCUUAUGAGGCAGCAUUCCAGAAUGCUGGAAUGCUGAACAUCUUGAAGGCGUCCUCAGGGCACCUUCAAGAUGUCUGAACAAAAAACCACUCUACCAGUUCAUACUAUGCAGAAGAAAAUCACAGUAAGGUGGAAUGUUAUAGGUGUGAGGCAGUCAUUAUUUUAACAAAAUUAAUGUAGAAGUGGCAAGAAAGGACGUAGAUCUAUAUGCGGCAGCAAAGAGAAGCAACAAUCAUGCCAGCUAAAAUCUUGAAAAGGCAGCUAUCCCACAACAAGCACCAUGCAAUGCACCCUGGACCACAAACCACAUCUGCAGGCAUAGACUCUGAAGACUAUUCCUUAUUUACAUGGCCUUCCAAUAGUGGACUCAUGCACAGUUCAAAUAAACGAGGCUGAUGAUGAAGAUGAGGUUGUUAAAAAAUUAUAUGCACAAAAGAAAAAGGCUGAACAAACAAAGACUAUCCUGGCCAACACUUGCUAUAAGUUUCAUUUCCUGUUUGUAGUCAUUCAUGUCUGCAUGUCACUUUUACUUCUGUUCAGUAAUCCAGCAUUAUCAAUCAUUAUUGUA